AUGUUUAAACUCCUCAUCGCUACCUUCCUUGUGUUGGGUGUUUUGAUAUGCACCACAACCGAUAUGGUUCUGUCAGACAUUCCAGUUCAUUGUCUCUACGAAAAUGUUUACGGUGAUUGGACAUUCUACAAGACUCCUCUCAACUAUGAUAACUCUGUCAUUUACAACCAAUGCUCGAUUGACCAAAAGCAAUUACCAACUACUCAACUCAGUAUUAUGAACGUUAGACUUGUUGAACCAAAUAUUGCUGUUUUGUUGGGUAAACCAACCAUCAGAGGUCAUUUCACCAUGAUUUAUGAUCAAGGAAUGGAAAUUAGACUUGACAAUAUGAGAUACUUUGCCUUCUUCAACUACACACAAGCCAUUGUGAACAACCAAACUGUUGUGACCUCACACUGCGACCAAACCUUCGUUGGUACUUAUCACGAUAAGACCAUUGCUGCCAAACAAUGGGGUUGUUUUAAAGGAUUCAAAACAGCAACUGAAAAGACCAAGACUGUUCAAGUAUUCAACCAUGCUGAGGAAAAGAUUAAGAGAAUUUAUGAAGAGAACACUGUUUUUAGAAAUAAUGACAAGUACAUUGCUGCUUUGAACAAGGCUCAAAACUUGUGGAAGGCUGCUCCUCAACCAAAGUUUGAAGGAAUGACUUUUGCUGAGUUGAAGAGACUUUCUGGCGGUAGAAGAAGUACUCACAGACGAAAUGCUUUGAAGAUGCAAGCCAAGAUGUUGCGAGCUCAAAAGGAAACAGGUAUUGUUCACCUCUACAAUCCAAGAACUGACUCCUAUGAGGCAGUUGAUGCUAAGAAGUUGAGAGCUUCACUUCCAGCUGAAUUUGAUUGGACCAAUGUUAAGGGUCGCGAUUAUGUCGUUCCUGUCAGAAACCAAGAAAAAUGUGGUUCCUGUUAUGCCUUCUCUACAUCAGACAUGUUCGGUUCUCGUGUUAGAAUUUUGACCAAUCUUACUCAAACCCCAUUCUACAGUCCUCAAGAUAUUGUGGAUUGCAGCGCUUAUUCUCAAGGAUGUGAUGGUGGUUUCCCAUUCUUGGUUGGCAAGUACGCACAAGAUUAUGGUCUCACUUUGGAACAAUGUGAUCCAUACCAAGGACAAAAUACUGGCAAGUGCAACAACAAACAAUGCCCAUCCUUCAUGCAAAAGCGUCUCCAUGCCACUAACUAUUACUUUGUUGGUGGUUACUAUGGUGCUCCAGAUAUGGAAUUGCACAUGAUGCAUGAGGUCUACACUAAUGGACCUUUGGCAAUUGGUUUUGAGGUGUAUCCAGACUUGAGAAAUUACAAGCAUGGUGUCUAUCGUCAUGUCACAUCAGAAGAAUUGAAGGCAGCUGGUUUGAACGAUGCUGAAAUGCCACACUUUGAGGAAGUCAAUCAUGCAGUUUUGCUUGUUGGAUGGGGUACUGAAAACGGUACACCAUAUUGGAGAAUCAAGAAUUCUUGGUCCACUGCUUGGGGUGACAAUGGUUAUUUCAAGAUCCUCAGAGGUAGUGAUGAAUGCGGAGUGGAAUCUGACGCUGAAGCGGGAGUGACCAAUAUUCACUAUAUUCCUUAA